AUGAAAUGCAUCAUGACCAAAUCCGACCUGGUCACUGAGUUCUCCACCAUCUUCGUGGAAGUUCUGCUUUGUGGGGUAGACAUGACAGGUGGCAUGCCAGAUAUAAGCCUCAUGUUGCAGAAUUCUGUUGUUUCUCAGAUGAUGCAAAGCUUGCUUUCAAAUCCCCAGUAUAUGGAGCAGAUUGUGAGUCAAAACCCUCAACUUCGCAGUAUGUUCGAUUCUAACCCUCAAUUGAGGGAGAUGAUGCAGAAUCCAAAGGUGCUUCGUCAGUUAACUUCACCUCAAAUGAUGCAGAUUACAUAA